UGGGGAAGACAGAAAUGGUCUCUGUUCCAGUUUUAUUAAUGCAUGCUGUCUGUUCUCUGAUCCAAAUAUAUCACUAGUUUUUCACUGACAGUGAAGUCAUGUUCUAGUGUGGUUCUCUUCUCCGUACUUCUAUCCUACACACUUUUCUUAUUGAGGAUCACAUACGUGAUGUUGCCGGCAGACAGACAGACGGACGUCCACCUGGAUGUGGAUCAGCUGCUGCUGCUGCUUCUGCUGUGGAGUUCAGGAAACCAGGCUGAAGAACACUAUGAUUCACCAGACUCCAGCCAUUUCAGGGUGGUGGGCGGAGCCAGUCGCUGUGCAGGUGUACUGGAGAUGCAUGAUUGGGAAGGAUGGAGACCUUUGGCUAAGUUUAAGUGGACCCUAACGGAAGCAGCUUUUUUGUGUCAACAACUGGACUGUGGUUCUGCUGUUUCUGCAGAACUGAGAGAGUCAUCCUCAGAUAGAGAUGUCUGGUGGAUGGAUUCUGAUCUUGGAUCUAAACAUUUUCAAACGGUAUCAACCAAAUACUCCAACAUUAUAAUGGAAAUCACCUGCUCAGACUCUGUCAGGUUGGUGAACGGGACCACUCUGUGUUCGGGAAGACUGGAGGUGAAGUCUAGCCAGAUCUGGUCCUCGGUGUGUGAAGAUGACUUUGACCUCCAGGAUGCAGAGGUGGUCUGCAGGGAGCUGGGCUGUGGGGCUCCUUUAGUUCUCCAGGGAGGGCUCUAUGGAGAAGUGGAGGAUCCAGUUAGAAACACCUGCUCAACUGGAGGAGCUGUUGAACUCACCUGCUCAGAACUUGAAUCUUUCAGGUUGGUGGGAGGAGCCAGUCGCUGUGCAGGCACACUGGAGAUGAAACAUCUUGGAGAAUGGAGAACAGCGUAUGCCCUUUCUUGGACCAUGAAAGAAACAUCUGAUGUGUGCAAACAUUUAGACUGUGGAUCUUCGUUUUCUUUCCAACAUACAUAUCUUUUCGAUGGAAUACCUCAAUGGAUGCUUUAUAGCUGCCUGUCCACUCUGAGAGACUGUACAGCUUCAGUUUUCUCAAACAUUAUGCUGAACAUUACCUGCUUAGACUCUGUCAGGUUGGUGAACGGGUUUCAGGUUGGUGAACGGGUGAACACCACUCUGUGUUCGGGAAGACUGGAGGUGAAGUCUAACCAAAGCUGGUCCUCGGUGUGUGAAGAUGACUUUGACCUCCAGGAUGCAGAGGUGGUCUGCAGGGAGCUGAGCUGUGGGGCUCCUUUAGUUCUCCAGGGAGGGCUCUAUGGAGAAGUGGAGGAUCCAGUGUGGACCAGAGAGUUCCAGUGUAGAGGUGAUGAGUCUGCUCUCCUGGACUGUGGAAGCUCCGGCUCAGUUAGAAACAACUGCUCAACUGGAGGAGCUGUUGAACUCACUUGCUCAGAUCCUCUCAGGUUGGUGGGAGGAGCCAGUCGCUGUGCAGGCACAGUAGAGUUUAAACUGGGAGAGGACUGGAAACAAGUGUCUGGCUAUAUUUGGAACCUGAGGAGAGCAGCUGUCAUAUGUGAACAUCUGGACUGUGGUGCUAUUCUGUCUAUGCAAACAAUCGAUGUAGCAAAUUCAGAAGCCUGGUUGAUUUCUGAGGACUUUGUUCGGUCUGGAUUUUAUCUGAAAGAGCAUGCGUUCUCUGCUGAUGCUUCCAACAAAUUAUUGGAUGUCACCUGCUCAGACUCUGUCAGGUUGGUGAACGGGACCGAUCUGUGUUCGGGAAGACUGGAGGUGAAGUCUAGCCAGAUCUGGUCCUCGGUGUGUGAAGAUGACUUUGACCUCCAGGAUGCAGAGGUGGUCUGCAGGGAGCUGAGCUGUGGGGCUCCUUUAGUUCUCCAGGGAGGGCUCUAUGGAGAAGAGAAGGAUCCAGUGUGGACCAGAGAGUUCCAGUGUAGAGGUGAUGAGUCUGCUCUCCUGGACUGUGGACGCUCCGGCUCAGUUAGAAACACUUGCUCCCCUGGAAGAGCUCUUGGACUCACUUGCUCAGAACCUGUCAGGUUGGUGGGAGGAGCCAGUCGCUGUGCCGGUACACUGGAGAUGAAACAUCUUGGAGACUGGAAACUAGUGUACGGUUCUGAGUGGACCCUGAAGGAAGCAGCUGUCAUAUGUGAACAUCUGGACUGUGGUUCUGCUGUUUAUAUUGGCGAGAGAAAGAUGUCUUCACAUUUUUCUGUCUGGGACGUGAGAGGUGACUGUAUUCAUUAUGAUGAUAAUGAUCUAAGGGACUGUCCAGAACCAGAUGACUCUAAUAUCAUACUGAACAUCACCUGCUCAGGCCCUGUCAGGUUGGUGAACGGGACCACUCAGUGUUCGGGAAGACUGGAGGUGAAGUCUAGCCAGAUCUGGUCCUCGGUGUGUGAAGAUGACUUUGACCUCCAGGAUGCAGAGGUGGUCUGCAGGGAGCUGAGCUGUGGGGCUCCUUUAGUUCUCCAGGGAGGGCUCUAUGGAGAAGUGGAGGAACCAGUGUGGACCAGAGAGUUCCAGUGUAGAGGUGAUGAGUCUGCUCUCCUGGACUGUGGAAGCCCCGGCUCAGUUAGAAACACCUGCUCAACUGGAGGAGCUGUUGAACUCACCUGCUCAGAACCUGUCAGGUUGGUGGGAGGAGCCAGUCGCUGUGAAGGUACAGUGGAGUUGAAAUUGGGAGACUGGAGACCAGUGGGAUAUAUGACCUUGGAGGAAGCAUCUGUUGUAUGUGAAAGUCUCGACUGUGGUCCUGCUGUUUCUUCAAGAUUGGGGACAUUGCACUCAGCCAUACCCAUGUGGCAUAUGAAAUCGCGGUGUAUUGAUUAUGGUUUUUAUCCAGUUGACUGUGCAACAGACGGGGGGCUAUCUAACAAAAUUCUGAAUGUCACCUGCUCAGACCUGCUGGUUCAGCCAAUCAUCUCUGUGUCGUCCUUCAUGAAUGGGGUCUCCAGGAUCCAGCAGCAGGGGUUUCAGGUGUACAGAGGCUCCAACUUCGCUAUCAGCUGCUCCAUCCAGCCUCAGUACCCAGGAGGCUCCUUCCAGCUCUCCUCCAGCACCUCUGACUUCACAUCCAACUACACCCAACCUGCUGUCAAUCACUCUGCAUAUUUCCGGUUUCCUGUUGUGGAACCCGCCCACCAAGGAAACUACAGCUGUGUUUAUCGCGUUAAAGUUUUUAGCUAUGAAUUCUCCUCUGAGAGUCGUCCGCUGUCCCUGACUGUCUCAGAUCCACCAGUUCCAAGAAUUCUCAUCAUUGUGGUCGUCCUGCCAUUGUUUCUGCUGUUGGUGGUCUUCGGCCUUUAUUACUUCUAUAAGGUCACUAGAGGAAAGAAUCAAGAGACACUGAGCAAGAAGAACACCGGGCAGGUUGAUGGUAAUUGUGGUGUUUGUACAGCUGAUGAAGUUCCAGCUAAAGAAGAAGCUAAGGAAAUAGAGGAGAGCCUUUGAGGCCCUCAGCUUCCAUUUACAGAAGGGGUAGGCAAUUUCUGGUCCUAGAGGGCCAUGUCCUGCAGGUUUUUAGAUAGUUUCCCUGCUUCAACACACCGGAUUCCAAUUAAAGAUUGUUAUCAAUAUGUCGUCUAAGGCUACACAAGUCUGGUUAUGACACAGCCAUGUCUAUCAGGCUUGUGUUUAAGCAGGAACACAUCUAAAAUAUGCAGGACACGGCCUUCGAGGACCACGAAUUGCCCCUCCUUGAUCUACAUGGUUACGGUUGCUGAUUAACUGUCGUCAUUAUUUCUUGGUCGUUUUUUUCACUGUAUCAUAGAUUAAGCUCAUUUAAUGUUUUAAUAACUAAAUAUAUCACUUAUGAAAACCUUUUAACAAUUAACACAUGUAUUAAAAGGAAC